AGUAAGUAAGGAAGGAGAGAGAGAGAGAGAGUGUGAGGAAGUGAGUGAGGAGGGAGGCAGCGCCGCCGCCGCAGCACCAGCAGCACCACCGCAGGCUGCACGCAGAGGCUCGUCUCGGUCCCAGCAACGGUGGAAAAGUCGGGUUCACAAUGCCAUUUCCAUUUGGCAAGUCACAUAAGUCUCCAGCAGACAUUGUGAAAAAUCUGAAGGAAAGCAUGGCAGUAUUAGAAAAACAAGAUAUUUCUGACAAAAAGGCAGAAAAGGCAACAGAAGAAGUGUCGAAGAAUCUGGUGGCCAUGAAGGAGAUCUUGUAUGGCACAAAUGAGAAAGAACCCCAGACUGAAACAGUGGCACAGCUUGCACAGGAGCUGUACAACAGCGGCCUCCUUAGUACUUUAAUAGCAGAUUUGCAGCUCAUUGACUUUGAGGGCAAGAAAGAUGUUGCUCAGAUUUUUAACAAUAUCCUGAGAAGACAGAUUGGAACACGCACACCCACAGUGGAAUACAUCUGUACUCAGCAAAAUAUAUUGUUUAUGUUACUCAAAGGGUACGAAUCGCCAGAAAUUGCUCUAAAUUGUGGCAUCAUGCUGCGGGAAUGUAUUCGUCAUGAACCAUUGGCAAAAAUUAUACUGUGGACCGAGCCAUUUUAUGAUUUCUUCAGAUAUGUGGAAAUGUCAACAUUUGAUAUUGCUUCUGAUGCAUUUGCUACAUUCAAGGAUUUACUUACACGACACAAACUACUGAGCGCAGAAUUUUUAGAACAGUAUUAUGACCGAUUCUUUAGCGAAUAUGAGAAGUUGCUCCAUUCAGAAAACUACGUCACAAAAAGGCAGUCUCUGAAGUUACUUGGGGAACUUUUACUGGAUAGACAUAAUUUCACUAUCAUGACAAAAUAUAUCAGCAAACCAGAGAACUUGAAGUUGAUGAUGAAUCUCCUGCGUGACAAAAGCCGCAACAUUCAGUUUGAGGCCUUCCAUGUGUUUAAGGUGUUUGUGGCCAAUCCAAAUAAGACUCAGCCAAUUCUGGAUAUCUUGCUGAAAAACCAGACUAAACUCAUAGAGUUUCUCAGCAAGUUCCAGAAUGACAGGACCGAAGAUGAACAGUUCAAUGAUGAGAAGACUUACUUGGUCAAACAGAUCCGAGAUCUAAAGAGACCGGCACCCCAGGAAUCAUAAAGCUAUGUUAUGAAACAGAACUUAAGCAACUGCUGUCUAUUAUUGAACAUCAAGCACCCUUACUCAAUUCUUAAGGAUUACUGCUAAUCUGCUGUCCAGCGAAGGGGUUUUGUUUUUUUUUGUUUUGAAGUCAAAGAUGAAAUUUAGCUGCUGCUUUCCUGCGCAUUAGAGCACAACACAGACUUUCUCUGGAGUUUAUUUGUCAUUGAAACAAAUACAAACACACUGUCUUAUGGUUAAACAUUGGUGUGAAGGGGUUCUUAGUAUAUGUAAAGAGAUAGAAAAUUAGAAUGGUUGAUAAAAAGUAACCAACAGUAAAACCAAGGUUGCGUGCCAGGUUUUUAAUCUACUUAGCAACUGAGAUAUAAACUGGUAAUGGAUUUGAUUGGUACUAACUGUUAAGGACCCUCACCACAGUCAUAAGGGGUUAAAGUGUUGAAUCUCCAUGCUGUUGAUUUUUCUUUUUGACCUUGGUGAAUUACUUGUGAUUUAAUUUAGUUGGGAAUAUUUUUCUAUGAUCUGUUUUCUGAAGUAUUUUAAUAGCAUUUGCUCACAAUAUAAUUUAAAGUAGGCUCAACCCAAAUGUGAGGUGGGGAGAAAAUUUAAUGAAUACCAUACUUUCCAGAAUGCAAUGCUAUGCUUAACAACCCUGGAGAAAUCUGAAUUACAAUAUUGUGGCAUAGAGUUUCCCCUGAUGUUUUUCUCGUUAAGUGUGCGCCAUAUGCAGCACUUCUGUGAUACCAAGGAAACUUUAUAGAUGAAGAAAUUGAUAUAGAUAAAAUGCUGCCGCCACCUCCCAACCUCUCUUUCUUGCUCCCCUUCCCCACCUUCCCCCACUACCAUCACACCACAAACACACACAUUCCUCCUACAGAAUGUCGAGUGUUUGCCAGCAGGAUUUCUUUGCAUAGUUGUACACAAUUCAUAAUCCCGGCAAAGAAUUGUCGAUCUGAGAAAUGUCCCUCCCUCCCAACCCCAACCCAGGCCACUGUGGGAUGUGAUAGUCUCCCUGAGAGUAUUCACCGACUUUUAAAGAGAACAAAUUAGUGAUAAGGGUUGUUCUUGCAGGGAGAAUGAUGUACAUACACAUUUCAUUAGUUUAUAGAUUUUUGUAGGCCAUUUGAUUUUCAACAAUUGACAGAAUAGAUGCAUUCAAACCUAUUUUAGCCAUGCUAAUUUUAAUUAAAACUAUUUUCUGUUUUGGAGUUAGCUAUGAAACUCUGCACUUCAUUGGAGGGAUUUGCCAGUUCCUUGUACAUAACUCUUAGGCCGCUCAGUUCUAAAAAUAAUUUUGUACAGUGGAGGAAUGUUAUUGUAUUAGUCAAACUAUUUACUUAAUAUUGAGUUUUGCAUAUGAAUGCUGGUAUGUAAUUUGAAUAUUUCUGCUGAUCCCAUGAAAUUGCUGAUUUAAUAUUUGUAGUAGAACAGCACUCAAACACCAAUUCCAUACUUAAGCUAUUUGUUAAAGAGCUGCCAUGAUCAGGAUAGGCUAACAUUAACUGGAUGCAACCACCAUUCAUCUCUCACCUUGCCAAAAAAAAAAACUGGAUUUAUCUUCACAAACAGUGAACCCCCAUCACAUUCAGUUACUAUAUUUGAGACCUUAAAAUUGGCUAAAUAAUCCUGCAGAAAAGUUCUUUGCUUAUGUGUCCUUAAUGUAAGUUUACCUAACAAGCUUGUAAUAUCGAAUGUUAUCAUACCAAUUUUUAAACACUCAAACCUUGCCUUGAAAUGUAUGUUGGCUUUUAGAUUCCAGGGCAACAGGUUUUUCACUUUUGUGAACUCGGAUGAUAGAAAAUAUCUGAAAGAUGUUAUGUAAUUUAAAAAAAAAAACAUCCUUGCUACAGUGUUUUCUUUUGGGAUGUACUGAGAUAUAGUAAACGUCCCACAGCUAAUCUACAGCCAAUAUACACUGAACACACUCUUAUAAAAAAAAAUAAUAAUAAUAAUUAAACAUUGCAAAAACCACCAUGAAAGUUUAUUAUUUUCCUCUUGUCAAUUGCAUAUUAAACCGAAGAAUCUUGUGCUACUGAUUCUAGAAAUAGUUACUGCAGAAUUAGAUUAUUUAAAGAUCCCUUUAAUAUUGGUAUCUUUGACGCCUCAACUUCAGGAUAGAUGUAAUGCAAGUUUUGUCAGCGUGGGAGGAGUUAAUAAUCUACCCCUUGUCUGCAACGGCAGUAAUAUUGCUUAUAUGUUACACCUGGAUACUUAAGUCUGCUUUCUGUGUUUCUGUAUACGGUUUAGCCACCUCCAUUCACACAUGCAUAGAGUUUUUAAGGAUAUAUGUACAGCCGCCACUGUAUCUGGAAACGGCUUCUGUUUUAAUAAGAAUGUCUAUAGCAUUGUUUUUUUAGUUGAUGGCGACAUACAGUAACUCAAUGGAAAGCAUUUACUUUAUUGGCUGUUCUGCAAGUAUGCCAUUGUACUAAAAAUUGGAAGCCAUGCAUUACUGAGUAAUAAAUUGCUUUGCAAUCCAUAAUCACAAUUGGGUUGUAUAUGAAAGCAUGAGUUCACUUUAGGAAGAUGCCAAAUAUAUGAACAACUUAAGAUAGCAUGAGUCUAGUUAAAAUCUUCAUAAGCUGAUACAGGUUAGCCAUAUGUAUAUUCAAAUGAUGCUGCAAUUAUAAAUAAUAUGAAACUGUUGCACUGGAAUCUUCAAGUAAUUGUGAAAUAUUGCCCUCCAAAGAUAUUUCUGCAGGAUAUGAGCACAAUUUUUGAACAACUAGAACUGAUUUACAAAUAGUAAAUCUUUCUACACAUGUCCUGUCUCAUUAGAAAACAUAGUUUAACAUCAGAACGUCUGGCCCCAAGGAUACAAAUAAAUUUUGAUUAAACAUCCAA